CCGUUCAGAGGUUCAGCGGUUGUCGUCGUCUAUAAGUGUCCGUUUGUCAGUGGGCCGUUGCAGUGGAAUCCUUGUCGGUCAGUCACAUCCGACUGAUCUGCUUGUUCGUUUUUUUCUGCCGUGAUAGUUAAGUGAACUUUCGUGCGUGAAAUCGGCGUCCAUUUGUUCCGGACCACUACCAAUCGUCGUGUAAAAGGACUAUAGUUGAACGGCAACCUUCAACAUGAGCAACAAUGCACCCGGGGCCACAAACCCCAUGCUCUACGACCCAAUCCCGGAGGGGCAAGGUUCGACGACGAAGCGCAACCAGUUCAUCGCCGCCCUCGGAAUUUGCAUGGCGGCCGUAAGUGGCGGUACGGCGCUGGCAUGGACCUCCCCGGUGCUGGCUCAGCUCGUCCCGGAAAACCAGACCAGCACGGUCGUUCAGGAACGCGACGGAUUUCAACUGACGCAGGACGAAGGCUCCUGGGUUGGUGCGAUCCUGGCUAUCGGGGCCUUCCUCGGUGCCCUGCCAGCGGGCUAUUUGGCGGAGAAAAUCGGCCGCAAGUACACGACGAUGGCUCUGGCGCUACCGUACCUCAUUAGCUGGACUUUGAUUAUCUUCGCAAACGGCGCUGGAAUGCUGUACGCCGGUCGGUUAAUUAUUGGUAUUGCAACGGGCGCGUCGUGUGUCGUGGCACCAAUGUUCGUGUCGGAAGUGGCAGAAACGUCAAUCCGUGGCGCCCUGGGAGCAUUCUUCCAACUGCAUCUGACCGUGGGCAUUCUGUUCGUGUACGCCGUCGGUUCGUACACGCAUUGGGUGACGUUGAGCAUCCUGUGCGCCAUUUUCCCGGUCCUGCUGAUCGUAGCGAUGUUUAUCGUGCCCGAGAGCCCGGUCUUUUUGGUGAAAAAGGGACGCCGUAUCGACGCUGGUGUGGCACUGAAAUGGUUCUGGGGCCCAAAUGCCGACACCCAGUCGGCGCUCCAAACCAUCCAGUCCGAUCUCGACGCAGCGUCGGGCGAGGCGAAGGUGUCGGACCUUUUCACCAACGCCACCAACCGGUCGGCUCUCUUCAUUUCGCUGCUGCUGAUGUUCUUCCAGCAGUUCUCCGGCAUUAACGCGGUGAUCUUCUACACGGCUCCGAUCUUCCAGUCGGCCGGAAGUACCAUGGACCCGGCCGUAUGCUCGAUUGUGGUCGGUGUUGUGCAAGUGGUCAUGACGUUCGCCUCCUCCGUGCUGAUCGAUAAGGCCGGCCGUCGGAUACUGCUGCUGCAAAGCUGCGUCAUCAUGGGCUCCUGCUUGAUCGCACUCGGCGUCUACUUUAAGCUGCAGAACGAUAAGGUGGACGUGUCGAACCUCGGCUGGAUGCCGCUCGCUUCCGUCGUACUGUUUAUCGUCAGCUUCUCGCUUGGCUUCGGUCCGAUUCCGUGGAUGAUGAUGGGUGAGCUGUGUGCCCCGGACAUCAAGGGACUCGCUUCCGCGCUGGCUGUAAUGUUCAACUGGACGCUGGUGUUCCUGGUGACGAAGAGCUUCGGUACGAUGCAGGAGGUGCUCGGUUCGGACUGGACGUUCUGGUUCUUCGGCGCGUGGAUGAUCGUCUGUACGGUGUACGUGUUCUUCAAGGUGCCGGAAACGAAGGGCAAGACCAACGCGCAAAUACAGGCCAUUCUCGCUGGCAAGAAGUAGAAGCGGAAGACUAUUCGCGAUAGCAGUUCGACAAAGCCAGCAACCACCCACUAGUGCGUCUCAGUUUUUAUCUCGUAAAAGCUCCCUGUUUUUUUUCUAGCCAGUGGUUGAUUUUUACUUUUGUUUAGGUCGUCUUUGUUUUAAUUGGCUUAUUUUAACGUGUUGUAAAUAUGUUACUAUAUGUAGCUGCCCGGGCCCACUAUAUAUAAAGUAACGGUUUAGUGCUAAAAAGUCUGAAGAUAUUCUCGGUU